CCUAAAGUAACAAAAAACGUGUGACACAAACAUUAUCAAACAUGGCAUCAUCAUCAUCAUCAUCAUCAAAAGUAACAUUGAAAAGUUGUUACUCUGUGAGACCAAUGGAACUAACAUGGUGUGGUCGAUUACCAUUAUCCGAAUGGGAUCAAAUUGGAAUCAUAACACACGUUCCAACAAUUUACUUUUACCAACCUCCACAAAACUGGCUCACCCCCUCCACUAAAAUCGCCACCACUUUGAAAACCUCGUUAAGCAAAGUCCUAGUACCGUUUUAUCCACUAGCCGGUCGUUUACAAUGGAAAGAAAAUGGUCGUUUUGAUAUCGAGUGCAAUGCAUUGGGUGUUCAAUUCAUCGAAGCACAAUCCUCGUUAGAGUUAUCCGAAUUAGGUGACUUUUCACCUACUUCUGAAUAUUACCCUUAUCUUAUCCCGCACGUUGAUUACACACUCCCAAUUCAAGAUAUUCCGCUAGUUAUGGUGCAACUAACGCAUUUCAAAUGUGGGGGUAUUAGCAUUAGUUUGUUAGUCUCACAUGCUGCUGCUGAUGGACAAAGUUCGUUGCAUUUCUCUAAUGAGUGGGCCCGGCUCGCGCGGGGUGAGCCUUUGAAAAUGGCGCCGUUUCUUGAUAGAAACGUGUUGCCAUCGAAAAAAUAUUGUAACACCGUUGUUAAUGAAUGGGAAUUUAAUCAACAACCGCCAUUGUUGUUAGGAAAUUCAGAUAAUUUUGAAGAAAGGAAGAAAAAAACAACUGUGGCUAUUCUUAAAGUGAGUAAAACACAAGCUGAAAAGUUGAAAAAAACAGCCAAUGAGAGUUGGGGGGAACCUAGUAAUGGUCGAGGUUAUACGAGGUAUGAAACAUUAACUGGUCAUAUUUGGAGAAGUGCAUGUAAAGCUAGAGGGCAUGGAAAUGACCAACCAACCGGGCUUGGUGUUUGUGUUGAUUGGAGGAGUCGUGUCGAGCCUAAUUUACCAAAAGGGUAUUUUGGGAAUGCAACUUUGGAUGUUGUGGCUACUAGUCUUUCAGGUGAUUUAAUGUCUAAGCCUUUAGGGUAUGCUUCAAGUAGGAUAAGGGAAGCUAUUGAAAAAGUGAAUGAUGAGUAUGUUAGAUUGUGGUUUGAGUAUUAUAAGAAACAAGAAGAUUUUACUAAGUUUCAAGAUCUUCGUGAGAUCUUAGGGAGUGAUGAAAAAGGUCCAUUUUAUGGUAAUCCUAAUUUAGGUGUGGUUAGUUGGUUAACAUUGCCAAUUUAUGGACUUGAUUUUGGGUGGGGGAAAGAGGUUUAUAUGGGGCCAGGAACACAUGAUAUGGAUGGUGAUUCUUUGCUUCUUCCUAGUCAUGAAGAUGAUGGAUUGUUGGUUGCUAUUUGUUUGCAAGAGGUUCAUAUGGAUGAGUUCAAGAGGCAUUUUUAUGAAGACAUUGUGUGAUUGUGAUCUAUGGAUGAUGGAUCGAACGUGGAAUGAUACACGCAGAAGAAAAAAUAAGUUGGAUGACUUCUGGAAUUUAUAAAUAACUUAAACAAAAUAAGUAUGUGAAUUUAAUUAAAUGUAUAUCAAUGUUGGUAUAAGGAAACCAAUGUUAAUUAUUUCUUAACCAUAUAUUUGUUGCUUUGUAAUUUUGUUUGUUGUCUUAGUGAUAAAAGUAUAAUGUAUGAAUUGAAUUGCUUCCCUA